AUAAAAGCUUGUCCUCUCAUCAUGGCAUCAUCUCAUCCUCAGUUCUACUCCGAUUUCACAUUUUCCGGUGAGACUCCGUCGCAGUUUCACGGCUCGUCUUCAUGUCCUGACGUCUCAGCUUUAUCCAAUUACUUUGACGACGGCUACGGCUCCUUCAACCCAACUUCUAACCCGAAAUCCACGUUUUUCCCGCAAGUUUUUGGGGCUUCUGACGUUUCUGUGCCGGAUUACAACAAUUACUACCAGAAAGUGGGUGAGAAUGUGAAUGGCACACAAUAUUUUCAUGUUGGGGAUCAAGAGUACUACGGGUAUUCACCGGAGAUCAAGUCCUUGUUCCAUCUGUCCACUGGAGAGCAAUCCUGGCAGGGAAAUAGUGAAGGACGGACACAAGCUGAGCCGAACACAAAAGUGGGACGCUAUUCGGUUGAAGAACGUAAAGACAGAAUCAUGAGGUACUUGAAGAAAAAGAACCAACGCAACUUCAAUAAGACUAUCAAGUAUGUGUGUCGUAAAACCCUAGCUGAUCGGCGUGUUCGUGUUCGAGGACGGUUUGCAAGAAACAAUGACACAUGUGAGCAACAAUCUCACAUGUCUAAGAAUCACAACAACCAUUCUGAAAAAGACGAAGAUGUGUUUUCUGGAUCAGACGACUAUCUAAUCCAGCAGAUGGAAACCGACGAUAGAUGGCUUCAAGAGGCAAUGUCUAGUCUGAUUUCAUUUCCUUGUGAAUUGAACGCUCCUGCCGAUGUUCAUCAUCCAAACACAUGGAGCUUCUGAUCCUAUGCUACCUCUCUCUUUACUGCUGAAUCAAUUAAUUAAUGUGGCUUGGUAUAAAAUGUGAUCGAUUAGUUCUGUUUCAUUAUAAUUACGCAGGUUAGUUAUCUUAUGAUAUAUUUGUUAUCAUAAUAUACU